AUGGAUUUGCUAUAUUUCGACCGUAAACGUGGUGUUCCAGCCGGAUAUCGGAAGCCGGUGAGCAUUCCGUCGGGUCGUUUCAGUGCUAAACUAAUCGCUGGUGAGGUGAUCGUAGAAGAUCCGAGAGAAGCGGAUGAUUUGAAUACGAUGGGAUAUUAUGGAAAUUUCAUUGAGCGACGUCAAACCACUGUGACACCGGAAUGUUUUGGCCUUAAUUCGAGGGUAUUUCAAGAAGUGGAUAGGCCGACGAAGUCAAGUGGUGACCGCAAUCGGCCAUCAAGCAGCAAAUUGGAUUCUGGUAGAAAACGUGUGCGUUUAGCAGCUCUUGAAAAGGUGACUGAGAUGCAGGAAUCAAAGCUUAAGUCUGCGCUACCAGAAACCAUAGAAGAGACUUCAGUAGAUUUGACAAGUGCGGAUAACAUUCCAAAACCGUCGAAUAGCUGCUCGAUAGCAACACAAUCACAGCCAGUCUUAAUGGUGGAUUCUGAAGCUGGAACUUCGAAACUUGACGUAGAUGAAAUGAGUGAUUUGCCAGAAGAUUCACUUGAAGAAACGAGAGCCGUUCGAAAGAAUACCUCAGAAACUACGGCUAAAUCAGAAUUGCGAUCGAACUCAACGUUGGAACCUGAAUCAAAGAAGCGAAAACUGAGUAUUGGAGAAUCGGAUGCGGUACAUAAAGAUUCAACCGAAGAAAAUGCAAGUGUUAAAGAAAAUCUCAAAGAAGAACCAUCCACACUUCCGAUUUCGGAUUCCGACAAGAAACUGGAUAGUCAGGAAGUUGAAGGCUUAACAGAGCUGGACAUGGAGCGUCUGAAAAAAAUGGAAUCAUGGGCCAACAUCGUAUGCAUGGAUCAACGUCUCCGACUAAGCAUGGAAGAAGCCAUGUAUCUGGCGUAUGAUUUGGCCGUAUUGGAGGUUUCCCAUCAAAAUAUCCAGCUUUCUAUCGAUCAACUAUGGCAACGGUUCUACAAAAUCGCCGGACUAGAAUUCGUGAAACGUUAUGCCAGCUAUCGUUUUUUGCGUGGCCUCGGUUGGGUGGUAAGGUCAGGCCUGACACUCGGUUGUGCAUUCGUGUUGUAUUGUGAUGGACCAGAUUAUCAUCAUUCAAGUGGUGCCGUUCAAAUUGUUGACAGCAGUCAAUCGAUGGCCGCCGCCAGCAAUGCUCAGUGCUUUGCUGCACUGAAUCGAUCGCUGUAUGGCCAGAGGAAAUCUCUUAUCCAAGUUCAGGUGGAUAUUCCCAUGGGAUUAAGUUUAUCCGAACAUGCUGGCUGCAUUGAACGCAUUCGAGUUCAGCACACAACGUUUGCAACUUGUGGCAUCAGGAAUCUACAAAGAGUCAGAAGUAUUCUUAAGGAAUUCAAGGAUUUAUCACUACGUGAUUAA